AAAAAGAUGGUUGCGUUUAAUGGAUUGGUGCUGCUAAUGUACCUAUUAAACGCUACUAAAUGUAGUUGGUGUGGUGUCUAAACGAUCGGUAAAAGUCUCGUGAAGAAACAGCAGCAAAGUAAAAACCCAUCAACUAGACAUCGUCGGGCUGGCCUGAAGGUUUGCUCCUGGAUUGUGUUUUUCACACGUGGGCCUUGCUCAUCACUUCCGCCUCAGGUCCAACUGUCUGACCUCUGCACCAUCACUUUACCCGGCCCAUGGACUUGACUCCAGCACCAGGUUUCAAAAAGAGGGCUGCUGCCUCAGCUUCCCGACAUAAAGUUGGAGAGAUAACCUGGAGCCCUCAUCCAUGCUCUCCCUCCUUAUCUCUUUCUUCUCCUUCAUCUGAUCCAUCGUCACCCUUGUCUACAUCCUCCUCUGUCUGCGCCAGCUCAUCAGUUUAUGAGGACCAUGUAAAAGGUCAGACCCAGCAGACAGAUGUGUCCUCCACUUCUGUCUCUCAAGCAGCGCAAUCUCUCUCCACUGCUAAACCCAAUACCAUCUGCAUGGAUUUUUGCCUUCACACUUUGAUACAGCCAAGUCAAGAUUGUGAAGAAAAGGUCGAGAAAGGGGAGAUGUAUGAUCCUUUCCACCCAACUGAGGGAGACAAGGAGGUAAGGAUGAAGGGGGAGGGUGGAGAAGGGGAGAAAUAUGACCCCUUUGACCCCACUGGUUCCCCUGCAUCAGACACGUAUAAUGGGAGUGACAAAGCUGGGGGAGGGGAGAACAUGGAUGAGAGAGGAGAUGAGAAAGAGGAAGAAUACCCAGAUUCCACUUUGACUGAUCUGCUAAGCCCCUGUCUGGUCGCCAAGCUCCCUUUGGGGAGUAAAGUGGACUGUAGCACUAUCAAACCUGGAGAGCAGAGGCAGAGUGCUGACUCUGAUCACUCAGAGAUAGAAGAGGGGGAGAUAGUUGGGGCUGCAGAAAGAAAUCAAAGCAGCAAGAGAGCAGAAAGAGCAAUUCUCUCUUUGAAUUCUCCCACCGUCUCCUUUUUUGGUCCAAAGCCAGAGCGAAUCCUACGGGUGCUGGAUGGGGAUGGCUUUGUGUCUUUGUGUGCAGAGGGCAGCUGGGAGGUGGACAGGGAACCUGAGGAAGAGCCUGUGGUUGGAGUGGAGGACCUUAGAAGGAAGUUGGUCAGUAGGCGGAAGGAAAGAUAUUUGUCCUUUCCCACCUCUUCCCCCCUAUCUCCUCAGCCACCACCUCCUUCCUCCCAUCCGCCAGCUUCUACAUCCUCUUCACCUCUCACAACUCCUACAGAGCAAGAUAGCAAGAAGCACAAGUCCUCCAAAGGUUCCAAGGACAGAGAAGGACAAAAAAGCAAGGAUAGGAAAGCUGGGGAGAAGGAGGAGAGACGAAAGAAAAAAAGGAAGGAAAAAGUGGGAGGCGAGGAGACGAGCAAGGAAAAGGAGCAAGGGCACAAGACUGGAAAGGAGGUUAAGGGAAUGAAGAGCAGCAGCCAUAAGAGGAAGAAAAGACAGCACAACAGCCCAGAGACUUUACAAAGCUGCAACUUGGGCAGAGGGGGCGACAUAAGACACUGUUUAUCAAGCCUAUCUCAAGAAAGACAUCAAGAGAGGUUUAAGGAUAAAGACGUAGAUGCAGAUAGAGAUAUGGACAGAAUUACAAAGCAAGGAAGAGGGAGGGAAAGGCAUAAAGAGAGGGAACAAAAUCGCACAAGUAGCCAUAGAAGGGAUGAAAGAGAUCGAGAUUUUAGCUCAAGAAAGGAAAGGGAAAGGAAGGAAAGACACAAUUCAAGUAGCAGAGAGAGAUGCAUUUCAAAAAGGUCCAAAAGAAGUAGGGAAAAGAAGGAAGGUGACAGAGAGAGGCAGCGCGAGAGGGACUGGCUGCGUGAUGGUCGUCCUGUUGUCCCACCAUCUAUUCAAGACCUUAAUGGAUCUGACCUCUUUGCUAUCAAGAGAACCAUCACAGUCACCACUACCACAACCACUACCACUGUACCUGGCUCUCCAAGACUUUCCCCGACCUCCCCCGGUUGGCCCAAACAAGACUCCGACAAGCCUCACAAGAGGAGAAAGAAGAGAAAAUGGCACUCGACUGGAGAGGUGGAGGACAGGGGAUGUUGUCGCAGCAGAUCACGGUCAUUCUCACCUCCAAAGUAUCGCAGCUUUGAGUCAGACCGGUUUUCAGAAAAAUUUGAGAUUGACGUGUUGUCUUUGGAUGGUGAGGCUUUGGACUCAGACUAUCCAUCUUUGGAGGAUACACCUCCUGCUGCCCUUGUGCCAGAACCACCUGUCCUCAGCCCCAAAACUAAGAUUACCCUAAAGACUGAACGACAUCAUCAGGGAAAGAGAUCUCGCACAUUAAAGAAAAUUGGUCAACCUAAAUCCACCUUUUCCAGUAGAAUCAAAAACAAAUGCCUCUCCUCACUGAUGGUCACUUCAGGCUCUCCCUCUGUCUCAUCUGGGCUUCCCUCAACAAAGCAAGCCAAGAAAUUGGGAAAGGACAAAGAUCGGGACAAAUGCAGUAGAAAGGAUUCCGGUCGCUCUGGCAAGUCCAACAAAGAAAGUGGUGGCAGUCGGAAAGGGAAGCUUCAGUCCAAAGUUUCUGUGUUGGUGCGUGAGGGCGUGAGCAGCACCACAGGUACUUCAGUUGGCUCUGGAAAACUAGGCAUGGACCUUCUAGGGCCAGGAGUUACAAGUGGGGGUUCUGGGGGCUCUGUGGUGGGUGGUUCCAUUGCCGUAGUCUUCUGCAGGGACAAUGAGAGUAGAUCUCCAUUUCUCAAACCCUGCUCAGAGCCGCCAUCUCUUGGUGGUCGAAGUAAAGAUCUGUCCAGCAUUGGUAAGAGAAACAGCCUGGCCGAAACACCAGCGUCCUUAACUAGUUCUGCAGGACUAAAACCCAAGAGAACUAAACUCAGCUCCAUCACAUCCACUUCUUCCUCCUCUGCCUCCUCCCCCUCCUCAUCUCUUGUAACCAAGCACUGCCGUCGCCUGGCCAAGAAGACUAGAGAUAAAGGUGGAGCUGCAGUUGUAACUGCAGCUUGCAGCCAAGCAAAUACCACAGCUGAGGGCUGGGGUGGGGCAUCUUUAGAUGUUCAGUCUGCUGUUGGAAAUGGGAACAAGUCAGUCAGCCCACAUACUGACCAAGUUGGCCCUCCACCCUGUUCUUCCUCCUCUUCUACCACCAGUGUGCUCCCACCCUCCUCCUCUCCACAACAAACACCUCCACUCUCUAUAGCUCCUUUGCAGGACACCGGGGGUUCUUCUCCAGACUCUCAGACUGUUGACAGUAGCUCUAAGACUCCAGAACCUUCUUUCAUAGCUGACAACUAUCCAGCUCAGACCAGCCCCACACUCCCAACGUCCAGUCCACCCAGUCUGUCUGCACCGCAGGGACCUGGCCUCAGUAUCACCUUGUCUACACCCAUGGCCAAACCACCUCCUCUAGAUGAUGCUUCCAAUACUCUGGUCUCCCCUUCAUGCUCAUCCUCUUCGGCAGGCUGUGCUCUCACUUCCCUUUCUCUGCCUCUGUCUUCGUCAGACCCCUCCUCCUCCUCUGUAUCCUCUUCAUCUGCAAAUAAGCCUCCUCUUCCUCCCCCUCCAGCAGCACAUGCCCUCCCCUGGAGUCUGCAGACUGGAGUGGACUGCACUACUGGUGGAGUUUUGGCAUUGACUGCUCUGCUCUUUAAAAUGGAGGAGGCCAAUAUUGCCAGUAGAGCCAAAGCACAAGAGUUCAUUCAAGCAACCAACCAGAUCCUCUCACAGGCCAAUCAGAGCCAGUCACAGCAGCAUGGUCCUCCUUCCUCUGCCGCUGCCUCCUCACAGAUUCCUCCCCCUCCCUCUGUUCCCCCACCUCCUGAGCUGAGCCCAACCCAGUUCAUACUCCACAGCUCCCUUCCAUUGGUUGGCUGUGCCAAAACUCCAACCUCUCACCUACACCCCUCUAUAGGUGGUGGAUGUAUUCAGACCCCACCCUCCAUUAUGCUUUUGGGGUUGUCAGGAGUGACUGGGACCUCUGGUGACACUGGAUGGGACAAUGGGAGCAAAGACCCUGAUAAGUACCUGAAGAAACUGCAUACCCAGGAGAGGGCAGUGGAGGAGGUGAAGCUCGCCAUAAAACCUUACUAUCAGCGCAAAGACAUCAACAAGGACGAAUACAAAGACAUCCUAAGGAAAGCUGUGCAUAAGAUCUGCCACAGCCGCACAGGAGAAAUCAAUCCAGUCAAAGUCAGCAACCUUGUAAAGCUAUAUGUCCAGCGCUACAAAUAUUUUCGGAAACAUGGACGCAAAAUGGAUGAUGAAGAGAGAAUUGACAGGGAGCUUGGAGCACUACAGUCCUCUGACUAUUAGCAGACUUUUAAAAAAUGGUUCUCCACACCGCCUUCUGCUCAAGGCCUGUGCCAUCCACUGAUGAUCCACAGUUUUGUUGAUAUUUGUUUUGCUUUUGUAGCCCAACUUUUUAAUUAUUUCAUGUGAUCUUAAGCUGGGUAUACACAGAGUUGAGCCAGAUUUUGAAUCAAUUUCUGAGACGCGUCUCAUUUUAGAGUCAGACCGGUUUUUCAGCUUCGUCGUGCGUCCUUUUUGCCUUGCAGUAUACAAUGUCAGAAAACUUUGGUUGGCUGUUGUUAUGCUCUGUUGGGUUUGCCUUUCAUUUAUGAAGAACAGAGUGAGAGAUUCUCCAGUCAGACCUGUUCAUGGUCAACAGAAAAAUCUCUCUUAAGCAUUCAGGUAUGAGCCCGAUCUUUAUGCAGUUUCUUAAGUUACGCAACUCAUUUUAGACCAGUUUUCAGCUUGGUAGUGCGUCGUUUGCCUUGCAGUGUACGGGGGAUGCAAGGGGGCGAUCAACGGAUACAUUUUUGAAAUGUUCGAAACUUUGGUUGGCCGUUGUCAGGUUCUGUAGAAGCAUAGUCACGAGUCGAGUCCACCAAAUCAGCACAUUUUCCCUGUCUGCACAAAAUGGCAAAACACAAUUGUAAGAAAUGAAGUUUAUGGCUAGAAUCAAUUGCAAAACAAGAAAGAAAGUUGCACUGUGUAUGCCCAGCUUUGUGGAAAUAUUUUCCUUUAUGUCUCUGAUCUCGCUGUAUCUCACUUGCAGGAUGUAAUAUGUUGAAGAAGUGGAUGCUGUCAUGUGCACCUAACCCUGCUCUAAAGUAUUCCAGAAACCAACCCUGCAAUAAAAUCCCACCAUUGUGAAGUGCAUACAAUUUUUGACUGUGUCCAUUAUGAGCUUUAUAGUGGUGGUACUAAUCCCAGGGCUCUUAAUAAUUAUUAUAAUUUUUUAAAGCAGCAUUUGAUUAGGUGUUAAUGCUCGUGUGUCCUCCCCAUACCAAUGUGUAUCAGAAUUCAAGCUGACAGAAGAUGUAAUACCCAGACGCACACAUUAGAAUAUAUUAUAUAAGGUACCUUAUUAUAUAACGGUACACCCGGCACACAUGCACAUACCCCACCCUAUCUCUGAGUCUUUGUGGACCGUAUGCAAGUUAGAGUUGGCCAAUUUAAUGAACACAAAGACACUUGACCUCUCAGUUUUUGGAUUAUGCCAUCUGUGUUGUGUGCAUGUGUUACUAAGGUUGCUACAUCUCUUUAUAAAAUUACUUUACAAACCAAACAUACAUAUUGCUUGAAAACCUGUUCAAAGUAAAGUGGUCUUAUUGAUUUGUUUGUUCUUAUGUGUCCAUUAUGUGUCCCCCAUCCAUUUUGAAAUAAAGUCCCUAGACCUGAUAAAUAGCCAA